AUGUCUCAGAGGCUCGGCCCCCAGUUACCACAGAGCGUCACCGAAGAUGCCUAUUGUGAGAUACACCUGGCGCCCUCCCAACUGUUCUGUGACACGGACCAAACCACACUCUGCGGCAAAUGCUUCCAGUCCCAGGAGCACAAGCAUCACUUAGUGUACGAGAUACAAGAGGCUGCCGAGAAUUACCGGAAGUUAUUCCAGGAAAUAUUGAACACAUUGAGGGUGAAACUCGAAGCAGCUAAAAGCAUAUUGGCUGGUGAGCAAGAAAGAAUGGUGAUGAUUCAGGAAGAGGAACAGAAACUUAAAGAGAUGAUUGAGUCUGAAUAUAGGAUAAACCUCCUAUUGUUAAACGAAGAGAAUCAACUGAACUUCCAGAAAACGCAAAGAGGUACAUUUGACUUGAACAUGAGAGAAGCCAGUCUAAAUCGGUUUGCCACAGAGCUUGAGGAGAAUUCCCAAGAAUCGCUUCAGAGACUGAACCACCUGGGGACAGAAACCAUGAGAAAACUGAAGGAGAGUGCAGUCAGGGUUUCUGAGCACAUCUGCAGCCUCCAGCAGGCCGCCACAGAGCUCGAGAAGAAGUGUGAGGACUCGGCCUCAGUGCUGCUCCAGUGUGAAGAAGCUACCCCGUCCAUGAAUGCAAGAUGCUCCUUGGAAAGAAGUGAGUCACUGCUGCUUCAGGACCUGGAGCCCACCCACACCACAGACCUGAGUUCAUGCCGUGUGAGAGGAAUGAGCAGAAUGCUGACAUUUUACCAGAAACAUAUCACUUUGGAUCCUAACACAGCUCAUUCCUGCCUGGUCUUGUCCGAGGACCUGAGAAGUGUGGUCUGUGGAAACAGCCAAGGGAAUAUGCCUGGCAGCCCGGGAAGAUUCGACUUCAGUGCCACCGUGCUGGGUGUGGAGCGCUUCACCUCGGGGAGACACUACUGGGAGGUGAAUGUGGGCAAGGCAGCUCAGUGGCAGUUGGGCGUACUCCGAGACGCUGCAGACAGGAAGGGCAGCGCGCCCAAGGCUUCUGGAGACAGAUUCUUGCUCACGGGAUCCCUGAUGGGGACGGAUUAUACCCUCUGGGCCUUUCCCCCUUUGAAAAGGGUCUUCCUGAGAAAGCACUUGCAGAAUAUUGGGGUUUUCUUAGACUAUGAGUAUGGCCAGAUAUCAUUCUAUGAUGUAGUAGAGAGAACCCUCAUUUAUAGUUUCUCUUGUCUCACCUUCCAAGGAGUUCUUAGGCCCAUAUUUUCUCUUUGUAUCCCAAACGGAGACAUAAGUUCAGGCUCUCUCACUGUCUCCCCACAUCGUGUUUCUUCUUGUAAUGUUACUGUUAGCCCUUAA